GGUACAAAUAUAUAUUUACUUUAGUUAGGCAGUUAAUUACAAGUUAAGAGGACUAAAAAUGUUUCGUCAACUUAUAGCGAUUGUUGUUCUUGCUUUAAUUUCAUUUACUUAUUCGGAAUACACAUCGCCAGGCCAGUGUAGUGACAGAGUUAAUUUAAGACCGGUGCAAAAUUUUGAUUUGGAGCGAUAUGGCACCGGUAAGGCAUGGUACCCCGUAAUAUCGUACAACCCCAUCCAUUGCCAGAUCGCAUAUUUUACCGCAACGAGUAAGAACACCAUGGAUUUGGUUUACAUACAAAAAAAUUUAACCACUGGUAUAUGGUUUAACAGGGAAGGGGAACUAACGUGGAUACCGGAGAAUAAUAGAGAAGGGAUUCUAAGUCUGGUUUACCCCGACGUUGUCGAUCCAUUAAUAUUUAGGACACUUGGAAUUGACUAUGACAACUACACCGUUGAUUACAGGUGCAUCAAUCUAGAUAGUGCAAACAAAAGCGAAUUUCUGUAUGUCAAGAGCCGGAGGAGAGAUCUGACGCCAGCCCAAAAUGCCACAAUUCAAGCAAUUCUUCGAGCUAACGGUCUUGGUGGAAUAAAACAGAUUAAUGUCAUACAGGACCCAAAAAUCUGUUCCUUUAGUUAAUACUCAUACUAGUUUACAAU